AUCAAUGAGAAGGUCAACUGAGUGACAGCACUUGCCCUAUAGAAAAGCUAGGUUUUCACAGCAUAAAUACACUUCAUACAAGUUUGGCAAUGGAUGUAAGCUCUGUCAAUAGAGAAAGGAAUGGAUGCCCCCAAGGAUCAUCAAAAUGUUGUAACCAUAGAUGUCCAUGCUGCUAAAAAUCUGCUAAAUUCAUCAGAUUAUCGUUAUCUGGAUGUGAGGUCAGUUGAGGAAUUCAAUAAAAGCCAUGCUGAGAAUGCAUAUAAUGUCCCCUACAUGUUCAUCACAGAAGCAGGUAAAAUGAGUUUAAAGGGGCAGUCUAAAAGUAUCAAAAUCUGGGGACGGGUGAAAAAUCCAGAUUUUGUUGAGCAGGUGGCAGCAAUAUGCGAGAAUGAGGAUCAUUUGAUUGUGGCUUGCAACAGCGGAGGAAGAUCACUCCGAGCCAGCGUUGACUUACUUGAUUCGGGAUUUAAACAUAUUGUGAAUAUGGGAGGAGGCUACUCUGCAUGGGUUGAUGCUGGAUUUGCUGGGGACAAGCCACCGGAAGAGCUCAAAACUAGUUGUAAGAUUCGUCGUUAAAGAGUUCUAUUAUCCGAUGUUUUUAUGAUUUGAAUAAGGAAACUUUGAAACCAUUUGUAAUUUUCUGUGUGAUAACACGUACUUUCAGUUUCUUUUGUUGUUUUUACUUUGCCAAAAAAGUGUACAUGUUUUUUAUUAUUCAGGUGUGGAUCAAAGAUUAUUCUUACUCGGAAAGUCUUGAUGAUCCAGCUAUGUGAAAAUAAAUUAGUAAUUUUUAAGUGCUUUGGAAAAUUUGUAAAGGUAUAAGGCAAGAGACACUA